AUGAGGAGAUCUUCAGUGUUUGGAAGCUUAAGAGACAAGCUUCGCGGAGAAUCUGACAAGAGGGAGUCCAAGAAGUCAUUGGCUCCAAACAACCUUUUUCUAGACCCGAACGAGGCACCUCCUGCAUACUCUGCGCUGGCACCGCCGGUUGCGAGCGGCAGUGCGCCGCCGUAUUUGCCUCACAUCACUAGCGAGGAUGAUAAAUACGCCUUUCUGUCGUCUUUCGACACAAUCUUCGUUGUCGACGACUCUGGCUCCAUGGCAGGCCAUCCUUGGAGAGAAGUUGCCGAGGUCCUGCGCUCCAUCACGCCCAUCUGCACUGCUCACGACAAGGAUGGCAUCGAUCUCUACUUCCUGAACCACAAGUCGACAGAAGACCCUAAAGACGAUAACAAGCCCUCAGGCGGGUAUUACGGCAUCGACACCCCGGAAAAGGUGCAAGUAGCCUUUCAGAUGGCCCGGCCCACUGGUGCCACGCCUACUGGCACUAGGUUAUGGAACAUUCUCAAUCCAUAUAUCGCGCAGGUAGACCCCAGCAAGGAAAAGAAACAAGACAUUGAAAAAGUCAAGCCCAUCAAUAUCAUCGUCAUCACGGACGGCCGUCCUACAGACGAUCCAGAGACCGUCAUCUACCAGUGCGCUAAGAAACUUGACAGCUUCGGCGCACCUCCUCACCAAGUCGGCAUACAGUUCUUCCAAAUUGGAACUGACAAGGACGCCACGGAGGCGCUGCGGGAACUGGAUGAUGAGCUGGCAAAGUUGGGUGUCAGAGACAUGGUAGACACCGUGACCUGGGAUGGCAAGUCUUCUAAUAGUAGAAAGGGGCUUACUGCCGAUGGUAUUCUCAAGGUUGUUCUCGGAGCGGUUAUUCGCCGCUUGGAUAGAAGGCCUUCAGCAAAUCAGUCGAGACGUUAA